AUUCACAAUAUACGCCUCUGACCUCAACCGUGUUGCUCAAACCCCGAAGAGAGUCCUCGCGAAGCUAAAGAGCUCAGAGAGAGACGGGGAGGAAGUCUUGAGUGUGUGUGUGUGGGUGUGACAUUAACAUGUGCCCUACGAAUCAAAAACAUAGAAUCUCCGGAGAACGAUGCUCCCUAUCCGGCGAGUCCAUAACCACCGCCACCCCCACGGAAUGGAUAUCUGAGUCCAUCAGCGGGGGAUCAUUGCGCAACGUCGACCUCCACACCGGAACCAACGGCUGGGCCUCACCCCCGGGCGACCUUUUCUCCCUCCGCUCCAAGAACUACUUCACAAAACGUACCAAAACCCCCUCCGGCGAGUACCUACUCUCCCCAGCCGGCAUGGAUUGGCUGAAGUCGACUACCAAACUCGACAACGUACUCGCCCGUUCCGACAACCGCGUGUCCCACGCCCUCGGCAAGGCCCAGGCCCUGGGCAAAUCCCUAAAGAGCUUCAUUUUCGCCGUCAACCUGCAAGUCCCCGGGAAGGACCACCACAGCGCCGUUUUCUACUUCGCCACGGAGGAUCCUAUCCCCUCCGGUUCUCUUCUGUACCGGUUCGUUAAUGGUGACGACUCGUUCCGGAACCAGCGGUUCAAGAUCGUGAACCGGAUCGUGAAGGGCCCGUGGAUCGUGAAGAAGGCGGUGGGGAAUUACGGUGCGUGUCUGUUAGGCAAGGCUCUGAUGUGUAAUUAUCACAGAGGAACUAACUACUUGGAAAUCGACGUGGACAUUGGGAGCUCAGCGAUAGCCAGCGCGAUUCUGCACCUCGCAUUGGGGUAUGUAACGAGCGUGACCAUAGACAUGGGGUUCGUGGUGGAGGCGCAGGCAGAGGACGAGUUGCCCGAGAGGCUGAUCGGUGCGGUUAGGGUUUGCCAGAUGGAAAUGUCGUCGGCUAAGGUGGUGGACGCGCACACGGUGGCGCGUGGGAUGGGAUUUUCUAAGGUGAACCACCGCGACUCAGGCGACGGUGAGGAUGAAUGAAGAUGACGGUGAGAAUCCCUAAUUAAUGGAGAUUUUAGUGUUAAUUUAUUUUUAGAAUAUGUAAUAUUAGCCCCCUUAGUUUUAAUUUUGAAGAUGGGGGAAUCGGUGCCGGGGGUAUAUUUAUAGAGAAUAAUAAAAUGUCGUUAACAACAA